AUGAUCACAGUCAACGCGGAUGGCAAGAUAAUGGUCAGGAGAUGUCUCGUCACCUUGAGACCCUUUAGGAUAUUCGUACUGGGCAUUGGAUUUUUCACCCUGUGCUUCUUAAUGACGUCGCUGGGAGGGCAGUUCUCAGCCAAGCGCCUGGGGGACUCGCCCUUCACCAUCCGAACUGAAGUGAUGGGCGCGCUGGAGUCCCGAGGGGUGCUGCGGCGGAUGAGCGACAUGCUGGAGCUGCUGAUGAAGAGGAUGGACAUCCUGGCCAGGCUGGAGAACGGCACUGAUUUCCACAAAGGGGACGAGGCACGCUUCCCUCUGGACAGGUUCCAGCCAGCGGCCGGUUUGAUGGAGAGGAUCCAAGCUAUAGCUCAAAACGUCUCAGACAUUGCAAUAAAAGUAGACCAGAUUCUUCGGAACAGCCUCAUGAAUGCAAAAAUGGGGGAUGGCAGGAGGGACCAGUGCGAGGUGCCCAGGGACCCCAAGUACCCUGACUGCGCUGGGAAGGUGGAGUGGAUGAGGGCCAGGUGGACUUCUGACCCCUGCUAUGCAUUUUUUGGCGUGGAUGGCACCGAGUGCUCCUUCCUCAUCUACCUCAGUGAAGUCGAGUGGUUCUGCCCUCCCCUGCCCUGGAGGAACCAGACGGCCGCGCCGUCCCCUCCGCCGCCGCCCCGCGCCCAGGCAGCUUUCCGCAGCGACCUGGCGCCAUUGCUGGAGCUGGUGGGUACGGGCAAGGAGUCCCUCAGCUUCAUGAAGAAGAGGAUCCGGCACCUGGCCCAGCAGUGGCUGCGGGCGGCCCGGCGCCUCGAACAGAAACUGAAGGGGCGGCAGGGGGACCAGAAACACAUCCUGAUUCACAUCGGCUUCCUGACGGAGGAAUCAGGGGACGUCUUCAGCCCACGGGUGCUGAAGGGGGGACCCCUGGGCGAGAUGGUGCAGUGGGCCGACAUCCUGGCUGCCCUUUUCCUGCUGGGACACAGCCUGAAGGUGACAGUCUCACUCAAGGAGCUGCAGAGCAAUUUAGGGGUGCCUCCAGGACGGGGAAACUGCCCCUUGACGAACCCUUUGCCUUUUGACUUGAUCUACACCGACUACCACGGCCUCCAGCAGAUGAAGCAGCACAUGGGGCUCUCCUUUAAGAAAUACAGGUGUCGCGUCCGUGUCAUCGAUACCUUCGGGACGGAGCCAGCCUACAACCACGAGGAGUAUGCCACGCUGCGCGGCUUCCGCACCAACUGGGGCUACUGGAACCUGCACCCCUCCCAGUUCAUGACCAUGUUCCCGCACACCCCGGACAAUUCCUUCAUGGGCUUCGUGUCGGAGGAGCUCAACCAGACUGAGCGGCAGCGCAUCAAGUCCAACAAAGUGGGCAGCAUGGCGGUGGUGUACGGGAAGGAGGCCAGCAUCUGGAAGCUGCAGGGCAAGGAGAAAUUCCUGGCUAUCCUCAACAAGUACAUGGAGAUCCACGGCACCGUGUACUACGAGACGCAGCGGCCGCCGGAGGUGCCGGCCUUUGUCAAGAACCACGGGCUGCUGCCACAGCACGAGUUCCAGCAGCUGCUGAGGAAGGCAAAGCUCUUCAUCGGCUUUGGGUUCCCCUACGAGGGUCCAGCCCCACUGGAGGCCAUUGCCAACGGCUGCGUGUUCCUGCAGGCGCGUUUCAACCCCCCCCACAGCUCCCUCAACCACGAGUUCUUCCGCGGGAAGCCCACCUCCAGAGAGGUGUCCUCCCAGCACCCGUAUGCCGAGGACUUCAUCGGGAAGCCACACGUGUGGACUGUCGACUACAAUAACUCCGAGGAGUUUGAAGCUGCUAUCAAAACAAUCAUGAGGACCCAGGUGGACCCUUACCUGCCUUACGAGUACACCUGCGAGGGGAUGCUGGAGCGGAUCCACGCCUACAUUCAGCACCAGGAUUUCUGCACCACGCUGCCCCCUCCUCCGCCUGCCAAGGCCCAGAGCCCCGCUAUGCAAAGUCCUCCAAGCCCGCUGGCCCUGUCUCCCAAUGCCACCCACCUGGUGUGGUCCCCCAGUGCCCGCCGGGACCCCCGCUCCUGGCCGCCAGCAGACUCACUGCAGGUGUGGCUGUCGGAGGGGCGGCAUGCCUGCACCGAGACGUGCCGCCGGCGGGGGCUGGUGUGCGAGCCCACCUUCUUCAGGUUCCUCAACAAGAAGGAAGUGUUCCUGCAGCUCAGCAUCACCUGCGACAGCACCGAGUACGAGAUGAACCACCUCUACCCGGCAGUGGCAGAGAACGUUCACGAGUGCUACCUCCAGAAGGAGCCGCUGCUCUUCAGCUGCGCGGGGCACAACACCAAGUACCGGCGCCUCUGCCCCUGCCGCGAUUACCGCGAGGGCCAGGUGGCCCUGUGCAGGGACUGCUUGUGACUCGGGCCCCGCGGCGGUGACACACCACGUGCCGCCGGUGGCUUUAUCUCAAAGCUCGUGCAAUAGCUGGGGAGGCAGGACGGGACGCGUGCCGAGCCAGGGGUGCUGGGCUGCCAACGGCCACGUCCCGAUGCUCGGUUCCAUUUCCCUCUUGAGGCGCAUCGUCCGUCCGCAUCCGAACCCACCUGGACCGCGUUGGCGCUGGGAUGGGGGUGGCGGGGAGAGGGAGCUGGAGGGGGUCACCCUUCCCCUCUUCCGUCCAUGGGAUGAGCCACCAGCAGACUGCAGUUUCAGGGUUUUCAUUCUCUUGAAGCAUCCGAGGUUGUUUUAUUUAUUUAU